AUGAAAGAUAUUAUCAUCAUUGUAUUAUUUUUACCAACUUGUUUUUCAACUGCUUUUGAAGCUUGUUCAUACUGUCCAAACAAAGAACGCGCUACAAAGUAUGUAUCAUGUGAUGCUGAUAUGUAUUCCUAUAGUACAUGUGGAAGAGUAAUUUGCUGUCGUAAGUUAUAAAAUGGCCCGGCAAUCCAGAAAUGAACAUGGUUUCAAAUGAAAGAUAUUCAUCUCUAUUGUCGGAAUCUACAGGGUGUACCAAAAGUAUACGACGGACUUUCUCAUGAGUCCUGAAACUGCUGAAUAAGCUAAACCAUCAGCAAUAUGAAAAAAGUUAGAUUGAAUCAGUAACUGCCUAUGUCUCAGAAAAUUUAGCUAUCGAAAUGAUAAAAAUUUCGGUGCGCCGAGCAUGAGUGGUUUUUAGCAAUCUUCACAUUCAGCUGAACUGGUUUUGAUUUCUGGUCAAACUAAAUCUAGACUGUUGUUAAAAUAUGAUAUAUCUGCACCUCUGAAGUAGCUUUCAACUUGUGAAUAUGACUUUCUAGCUGAAAUUUUAUAAAAUCUGUUUCAUUUCCGAAAACUGGUGAUUUUUUCUGAAAUCUCUCAAAUUUUCGAUAUUUCUAAAGAAGAAAUGUUACCAAAAUGAUUUGAAUGAAUGGGACAUGAUAAUAAAUGAUAUUUCACUAAACUAAAACAGAAUAUUCAAAAUCUAGUGUGAAAUGAGUCAAUUUGGAGCUAUUUCGUGAUUUUAGACGAUUUUAUCCAAAUUCUAAGAUUUGAUUCAAGCACCGAAAAAUAUAAAAGUAAGUCAGAAAUCCAUAUUUGAUGGAUUCUGAUCGUUAUUAGAGGUCUUUAGGUAGAUCAUAAAAAAUAUUGAAACCAAUUUAUAAAAUUGACUCAGAUAUGAGAGGUCUCUGAAGUUCAAGAGCGAGGCGCCGCACCGACGUUUUUCAUGAACCACUAACCUAACCCUAAAAUCAAACUCUAAGUCAAAAUGAAAAACAUGCAUGAUCAAAGUUACUAAAUUAUGUCCUAUUUACCCAUUGAACACAAUAUAUGUCGUAUACUUUUGGUACAUCCUGUAUAUAAAAAGUUGCGAAAAAGCUUUCUCGAUUUUAUGGAGCCCGAGACAAAGCUUUUGAGAAACGGCUAUUUUUUCUGUCAUUUCAAUUUAAAUAAUUUCAAAGAAUAAACGACGGACUAAUAGAUCUAGAUUGAUGAUAAAGACUGGAAAAAAAGCAAGUGCGCUCCAGCGAACACAAAUAAUCGAAAUCAGGUGGCAUUACCCUUCAUUCUUUUUUCAGUCGUUGAGAAUGUAGACUGUUUCGAGGGACACAAAGCUGUUCACAAAAUCGAUGGUAAAUGUGAAAGUGAUCGAAUUGCGACUAGAAUGAGAUUAAUGAAAUUUUUAAGCCAAGAAGUUUGUUGUCGUGAGUUAUUAAUUUAAAAUAAACAAUUGAUUAUUAGAUACAACUAUUCUUUGUCAAAUUUCAGCUCCAACUGGUGCAAAAUGUCUUGGAAGAUCAAAAGAUGCAACUGUCCCACCAUGCAAUUCUCAUCAGUAUUUGAGCGAAUUCAAAAUUGAGAACAGAUAUUUAUCGGACAAAUUGUCACUAUGUUGUUGUAAGUAUUUUGAAAUGGGACUGGGAUUAUUAUUGUUUUUUUCUUGAAACAUAUGUAUCGGCAUUUCUUUUUCAGCUCUCGAUGAUAUUCAAAAAUGCCCUGACGGUAGUGUUCCUCAUGAUUCACCGUGUAAAGAAAGCGAUUAUGAACAUAAUGUAGAUGGUCACAAAUUUUGUUGUGGUCAGUUUUAUUUUUCAAACUAAAAUUCAAUCUCAAAUUUCUACUUACAGAGCUUUCUGCUUUCAAAUGUCCGCUCAACGAUAUUCCAACAAAUGCACCGUGUUCAGCUGAACAAUUUCUUUUCAAAUUUGAACAGGGACCAAAAUUGUGUUGUGGUAAGUAUUAUAAAUACUUGUUAUCCUCAAAUUUGUGUAUUUUCUAGAUGAUGCAAAAUGUUUGAAUGAACAACAUCCAACAGAUCUUCCAUGUAAUGCAAAUCAAUAUGAAAAAGAGUUUGGUGCUUUCCGAAAAGUUUGUUGUGAACUUGAAGAAUUGAAAUGUGUCGAUGGUGAAAAACCAGACAAGCAGCCAUGUGCUUCAGAAAGAUAUUUGACUAAUUUAGGAGUUGCCGAAAAUGAACAAGUCUGUUGUAGUAAGUUUUUUGUGCAUCUACAAAAUAUUGAUCUUCCCAAUAAAAAAAUGCAAAAAAUAAACCGCAAUCGUGCACACUGACGUCUUACCAAGUGCAGAAAAUUCGCUCUGUUGCACACUAAUUAUAAUUUUCUUUUUUUUUCAUUGGGAUCUUGGAAAUAGGGAUUUUCGGGACCCGGAAUGGGGCUUUCUAACCUAAACAGUUAUUACUAUGGUAAAGAACCACAGACAUUUGAAGUAGGUUUGUUUUAUUUGACAAGAGAUUUUAGCUCGGGAACCAUAAAUUCAUCAGAUUCAAAGGAGCACGUUUAAUAACAAUUUCUGCGGAGGGUCCCCCAUAACAUAUUGUUAUUUUCUAGAUGAUGUAAAAUGUCUGAAUAAACAACAUCCAACACAUCUUCCCUGUGAUGCAUAUCAAUAUGAACGAGAAUUUGGUGCUUCCCGAAAAGCUUGUUGUGAACUUGAAGAAUUGAAAUGUGUAGAUGAAGAAAAACCAGACAAGCAGCCAUGUGUUCCAGAAGCAUAUCUCACGCAUUUAGGAGUUCCGGAAAAUGAACUAGUCUGUUGUAGCAAGUUAUCUCUGGAAAACUUAAAAUUAUCAUCGAAUUCCAAAAAAUGCGAAAGAAAUAUUGAUUGUGGAACUGGAGAAGAAGCAGAAGUUUGUAUUUUUGAUGGAAAAAUUGGAGAAGGAAAAUGUUAUUUGAAUCCAAUGACUUAUAAAAGUCCAUCUGUAGGUUUUCCAAUUAUGGUUGUAAUUGUACCAAUUAUCAUAAUUAUAAUUAUUUUGUUCUUAAUUGGUGGUGGAUAUUUGUAUUAUAAGAAGAAAAUCAACAAAGAAGAUAAGAAUACUGAGAAAUCGAAUGAAAAUGAGAAAAAAUCGCAGAAAAAAUCAAUCUCGACUCCAAGUUCUGUCAAUACUCCUGUUUGA